ACAUGCGCCUGACAACGUCAUGUAUGAUAACAGAGCUCCUUGAAGUGAUAACUGACAAUGUAAUCCGAUUUCGGCGUGAAAUCCUGUCCCGGUUACAGUUACAACUGAGAGGUUGGCUACGAGGGGCCUGAGUCUACCACAGCGAAAAAACAUGGGGCUGAGGGAGUGUGUCACGACUGCCAUUGCCUGUUCGAUAGGAUGCUUCCUGUCACUUUUCGUGCUGAUACGUAUGGUUAUUGUUAUCGUGAAAUCUCGUGGGAGGAUUUCAUGGAAGAGGCGCGACAUGCCGGACUGUCUGCGUGACCCAGCUUUGGGCACGCACAACUACGUGCAUCUUGAGCACGUCCGCCUCCACUAUGUCGCUGCCGGGGACGAGGAUAAGCCGCUGAUGUUGAUGGUACAUGGCUUUCCUGAGUUCUGGUUUUCGUGGCGUUAUCAGAUUAGAGAGUUCAAGAAAGACUACAGAGUGGUUGCCAUCGACCAACGGGGGUAUUCGGAGUCGGACGCGCCCUCUGGUGUCAACAGCUACAACGUUGGUGAAUUAGCCAAUGACAUCAAACAGCUCAUACCAGCUUUAGGCUACAAGUCGUGUGUGCUGGUGGGCCAUGACUGGGGCGGCGCUGCAGCGUGGACAGUGGCCGGAAUCUACCCUGAGCUGGUGGACAAGCUGAUCAUCAUGAACUGCCCGCACCCUCUGUCCUUCACGAAAUACGUCGCAACACACAUGGCCCAGUUCAGGAAGUCUUGGUACAUGUUCUUCUUCUACGUUCCCCUGUUGCCGGAGCUGUACUUCUGUAUCCGGGACAGGAAGAUGUUGGAAGUUGCUCUCACGGGCAGCAUCAUGGGGGUUCGCUGUACGAAGUUCUCACCGGAUGAAAUAGAGGCUUAUAAGUUUGCCUUCCCAACAUUAGGCAGCUUUACCGGCCCCGUCAACUACAUCCGGGCAGUUACACGCACCGUGCCACCACGCCAGAAGAAGAUAACUGCCCCUACCCUUCUGAUCUGGGGGUGCCAGGACGGGGCGUUGGAAAAAGGACUUGCCCCACUGGCAGGGAAAUACACCGACUCUCUGACCAUUAAGUAUGUGGAUGACUCCAGUCAUUGGGUGCAGAUGGACUGUCCAGACGUUGUCAACGCCCAUAUGAGAGACUUUUUAAGCGUACCUUCGUAAAGCUACUUCUUUGGAGGGUGCAGCAAAUCUGGUGUAUACGAAUACGUCUUUAAAGAGGACUGAGUUAUACCCAAUUGGUAGUCCCAGCUUGUUCGAGCCAUUUACAUACACGGAUGUACAUACACGAUGUCAAUCUAGCAGUUAAAUAUCACCGUAAUUACACACUUACAAAGACUCAGUUUCACAUAUGACACAAAUUACAAAACCCCUCUUUUCCUCUCUGUGGAUCCGACAGUGAAGAUUGUUCAUGAACAGUGGGUGAACAUAUUGGGGUUGUUUAGAUCCUAAUUAAUUAACAACCAUGACAUGUUUAGUGCUAAUAGCUAAUAUUCAAUAUUGCUGACUCACGCAUAGGAAAUAUCAAAUGUUAAUUUGAGUGGGCUAUUUUACAUGCUUUUGUGUAAUUUUCAUUUUACCAUUCCAGAAUAUGAAAUGCUUUUUAUAAAAGGAUUUUGACUCCUG